GCUGCUCUGGCCGGGAAAAAAAAAAACAGUGCACUGGAUUGGCUCUCGCCUCAUCGUCGAUCCUCUCCUCCUGCUCCUCCUCCUCCUCCACACCCCACGCCAUGGCUGCGGCGGCGGUUGCCUCCCUCCUCCCCGUCGCCGAAGCAGGCGCCGCCUUCUUCCACCGGACUCCGCCUCACCCCGAGCCCAAGAUGUUGUCAUUGCAAAAUGAAAUCUUCAUUACUUCUUGUGGAGAUCGGGAUUUGAUUGAUCGGAUCCUCAGCAAAAGCAAAACUGAAACGAUGCCUGAGAACAAGGAUGACGGGGAGUCUGAUGAUGAUAACGAUGAGGAGGGAGACGACGAGGAUGCAGAAAAUCAAGGCGACGAUGAUGGUGGUGAUGAAGAUGCCUCAGAAGAGGAAGGGAACGAUGAGGACGAAGACGAGGACCCUGAAGCCAAUGGUGAAGGAGGGAGUGAUGACGACGACGGUGGAGAAGAUGAGGAUGAGGAUGAGGAGGGGGACGACGAUGAUGGCGACGGAGAGGGUGAGGAUGAGGAUGAGGAUGAGGAGGAAGAAGAGGAAGACGACGAUGACGUCCCACAACCGCCUGCCAAAAAGAGGAAAUGAUCCAUGAGUAACAGCCCUACCUUGCCAGCAAGAACGUGUGCUUUGUUUGCCCUGUGCUUUAGCGGUUCACGGUUACUGGUUAGCUUGUAGGGGUUUUAGCUCGAUCAAUCAAUCAGCCAUAGCCUAGUUUGAGAACAGGAAAAGGAACACUUAGUUGUGCAUGUACUAUUUAAAAGAUUCUUCUUUUUUUUUUAUCAUGUCUCUCUUCUGAUUUGCUAUCAAUUUGUGUUUGCUUAGCCCUUUUCUACAUUGUUGUUGUACCCUCCAGACAUUAGACAUGAAUGGAUGUACGUAAUAAUGCAACCAUGCAAGUAAGAUGGCCUCGUUCUUGUUUUCCUCGU